CGUUUAGAGCGAGCAACAACAACGGAAGUUCAACAUACUGGAUCGUCACGUGGUUCAUGGAGACUUCAGAUGUGAAAUUCUAAAGAAAGUGUAAAUGUAGGGACAGAACUGCGAUUUCUGGUAAUUACGAGUCAGUAUAUGUGAUUUCAAAUAUUUAUAUAGCACACCAACAUGUGUAUAUAGUUACGUCAAUAGGUAACUAGAUAACAACCACCUGCCUCGGUGACAUAUUUUACAUGGCCUCGGUUAUAGAGCAGGGUGCUCUAUAUUGCUUUGCAUUAUUUUAUUUUUUAAUGAUUGUCCUAAACUUGUAUGAUAGUCAAGAGCAAUCACAUCUUGAUUUUUAUUAAUAUAUUUAGAGGGACGUUUCUACCAUUUCCGUAUCUCUGCUGGGCCAAAUUGACGCGCCAUAUUCAACAAAACUUAAACAGAAUGGGUAAAUAUGUCUUGGGUAUAGACGUAGGAACUACAUCGAUUAAAGUGGUGCUACUAGAACAGGGGUCCAAAGCAAUUGCCGCAUGUUACUCUUUGCCGACUGCGUCAGACUUCGUCGACAGUAGUGGAUUACAGACCCACGAGCAGGAGACUGGCAUAAUAAUAUCAACUCUUAACAAAUGCAUCGCCCUUUUGCCCAGAGAAAAACUUCUCAAUGUCAGCAGAAUAGGGGUUUCAGGACAAAUGCAUGGCGUUUUAUUCUGGAAAUCAAAGACUGGCUGUGAUUGGCAGAACAGAGACUUCUUCGUGGUCAAGGACACCAGUCAGCUGGUCACCUGGCAGGAUGGCCGCUGCAGCGCUCACUUCCUGUCCUCGCUCCCGACCCCCAACGCCCACCUGGCCGUGGCCACGGGGUUCGGCUGUGCCACCAUCUUCUGGUUCUUGAGAAACAGGCCGGAGUUCCUCUCUGACUUCAGCGUGGCCGGGACCAUCCAGGACUACGUGGUGUCCAUGCUGUGUGGCCUGGACCGGUGUGUGAUGACCCCUCACAACGCGGCCAGCUGGGGAUUCUUCAACACCACCACCAGCCAGUGGAACACGGAAAUUCUAUCCGAGGCGGGCUUCCCUGUGGUCCUGCUCCCUGAGUGUGUGGUGGCGGGGGGCACGGCAGGGCGCACCGUAUCUGACUGGCAUGGCAUCCCUGCCCACACACCAGUAGGGGCUGCCCUGGGGGACUUCCAGUGCUCUGUGUACCACUGCAUGGCGUCCCCCACAGACGCAGUGCUGAACAUCGGCACCUCGGCCCAGCUGACCUACGCCAUGCCGGGGGAGUUCAGGCCUCCAGAUGCCCCUGAGUCUGGCUCCCCCAUCUCGUAUUUCCCGUACUUCGACGAGUCCUACCUGGCAGUGGCAGCGUCGCUGAAUGGGGGCAACGCCCUGGCAACGUUCGUGGGGAUGCUCAGCUCAUGGAUGAAGGACCUUGGCGUGGAGGGCGGCGGCGGCGGCGACUCCUCUCUGUACGCCACGCUGAACAGCGUCGCCCUGGGCCAGCCGCCCAGCGACCUGGCGGUGAGACCCACCCUGCUGGGCGAGAGGCACCGCCCGCAGCUCCGGGGCUCCGUGGCCAACGCCACCGCCGGCAACCUCUCCCUGGGUCACGUGACCCGGGCGCUGUGCCGCGGCAUCGUGGACAACCUGACCGCCAUGAUGCCGGCGGCGCUCCUGGGCGAGGCGGGGGUGCGGCGGGUGCUGGGCUGCGGCAGCGCCCUCUCCCGCAACCCGGUGCUGUGGGAGGAGGCGGAGAGGGCCCUCCUCCCCCUGCCCCUGGAGCGCAGCCAGACCGCCGACUCGGCCGUGGGCGUGGCCAUGGUCGUCUGCGAUCGGCUCUGAGUGAGGAUCAGCGGCCGCCUGUUUUUGACCAAGAUGGACGCCGGAUCUGUGUUUACAUUGUGGCUGAAAGAAAUGCUGUUGGGCUUGUUUGUUGGGAUGUGAUGCAAUCGCUGAUUUCCCGCCUUCGAUUCAAUGUUGUUUCCACUACCUUCUCCACUUCUAAACCGUUUUCUAGUUUUCUACCAGUCCCUGUUCCUGACUUUUCCUUGAGUCUGCUCCUUAUUCAGUGUAGUUUGGGCGUUCUGAGUAUGCCUUAUUCCACUGCAGCAUUGCUUUUCUUUGAUACUCCUGCAAAGCAAAUCUUUCAUUAAGCCGAGAAUGUGAUGGUAUGUCCAUGUCAGAAGGCAGAAGAUUCAAACUCAUUCCCUAACACUUCAAAUGCUUUCUAUUCAGUUCACUACUGUACUGUGUAAUUUAGGUGUGGUGUGAAAUCUGCAAAAGUCUCAUGCAAUCCUUAUUACCCUUUUUUUCCCCUUCCUUUUCUUUUACUUUUAUCCGGCUUUUGCCACCCUUCCCAACCUAAACGUAUACACUGCAUCUCUACAUCAGGCUUGCUGAGAAGUAUUCUUGUUUCCAUCCAUGUAGGAUUGUAACAGUUAAAGAUGUGAUUAGACAAAUGUGAAAAUGUGAUAAACAUAAAAGUGCAAUAAUUCAGUUGAAUCUUUACAUUAUGAUUCUUCUCAUCAUGUUGGAUGUUAACCUAAAAUUAUACAAUGAGUGUUGGAAAAUAAAUAUAUAUAUGGUUGAAUAUGAAA